UAUACAAGAUGACAAUUCUGUGUGUGUUUUUCUCUGUACUUAUAAUACAGGGAGCAUUUGGAAGCAGUAUUGAAGAUGCUGAAAAAGCUUUACAAGAAUUGAAUGAUUUCAGUUUGGAGAUUCAGCGUGAUCUUCGUGCAACAACGGAUAAACAGUCUGCUAUUCUCCAUGAUAAUGUACAUGAAUUAGAAGUUUCAGCUACACAAGAAAUCAGAAAUCAAAUUGCAUCUGUUUCCGACAAAAUUAAAACUUUGACAGCAAACGUUGAGUCCAUUGUUGAUAAUAUUGAUUAUUGUCAAAAUGUUACUGAAAAAAAUUUGGAAACAUUUGGUGAAGAAUUAGAGAAAAAGUUAAAAGAAUGCAGUGAUCAUUUAAUUAUGGCAGGAAACGGUAUGUUGCAUUCAACAUGGAGUAAGAUUUUGUACGAUUACGAUUUUCAUUAUAACUGCAACAAAGAGAGUUUAUGGCAAUGUAAUUAUGAAAAUGCGACUUGUGCUGAUAGUGUAAUAGGGUUUAUAGAGUUUGCUAAAUCAAAUAUGCAAAAUACAUCGAAAAUAAUCACGGUUGAGAUGUUAAAUAGAGUAACAGGGAUGAGUUUUCCUUGUAGAGAUAUGGCUGUUCAAGAAAUAGAGAAUUAUUCUGCCCUAAUUCUGAAUUAUGUUAGUUCAUGUUUGAAAAAUUUAGGCGAUGUUGUUUUUGAGCCUCGUUGUUAGAAAUAGGAAAAAUCCAAGUAUUUAUUUUACGAUCUAUACCUAAUAAUUAAAUCUGUAUCAAUAUUUAUUACUUAUUAAUUUAAAUGAUAAUAAAAUGUACAUUAAAUUAGAAAUUGUAAAAAUUAAAUUAAUUUUCUUA